AAGGCAAAAGACACGAAGCGAGACAAGUCAAGAUUCAAGUGGAAAUUUCAUCUGAAGUUUGAAAGAGAAAUAGAGAAACUUGGAUUUUACUUUUUGAACAGUUUAUUUCCAUUUUCCGCACAUGUGACUGAACCCGCACUGGAUUAGAUCCCUUUAACUCACCUUAAAAAAGGAUAUUUCACUUUUUGGAAUUGAUUUAGAGACAGAAAAAUGUUGCUUUUUUCCAUUUCAUUCGUUUUAUCGAUGACUUCGUUUAUCGCGGCCGCGCAGAGAAGCACCGCCUGGGAGCGCAGCGUAGUGACACCCGUGCGCCUCGACCCAAACUCGGUGUCCACGGAGGGUCUGAGCGCGGAGGAGCGGGAGCAGGGAGCGGAGAUGCGGGUGUAUGAGCUGGGCGUGUUCGGGCAGCGGUUCAUCUUGACACUAGAGCCGGAUCAGACGUUCCUCGCCCCGGGUUUUGUCUUCCACAUAGUCGGAGCUCCGGAGGUCCAGCCCACGCCAGAGCCGAACCAGGUGUGUUUCUAUUCGGGGAAAGUGAACCGGGACGAGCACUCCGCCGCAGCGCUCAGCCUGUGCCACGGCCUCAGAGGAGGAUUUUACUACGAAGGACUCGAGUACUUCAUCCAACCGCUGAACGAGACCGACUACGAGCACGCGCAGGAGGAGGACGUGCACGUGGUGAGGCGCAUGAGCCGCGGGACGGCAGCCGGCGUAACCGAAGAGGGAGGCUCGAAGUGCGGGGUCAACGAGGACGAGGCCCGGGUGCCAAGAAACCUGGAGCCGCGCGCCAACCAGCAGACAGCGGAUAAUGCGCAACAGACAGCUAACCACCGUUCCAAGCGUUUCGUCUCGACUCCGCGGUACCUGGAGAUUAUGCUAGUGGCAGACCAGUCCAUGGCCCAGUUCCAUGGAGCCGGACUCAAACCGUACCUCCUCACCAUCAUGGCGGUCGCGUCUCGUCUCUACAAACAUCACAGUAUCCAUAACUCCAUCUCCCUCGCUCUGGUCAAACUCAUGGUGGUGUACGAGGAGGAGAAGGGACCCAAAGUCUCGUCCAAUGCUGCGCUAACUUUGAGGAACUUUUGUCAAUGGCAACGACAGCACAACCCACCCAGAGACAGCCACCCUGAGCACUACGAUACCGCCGUGCUGUUCACAAGGACGGACCUGUGCGGGGCUCAUUCCUGUGAUACUUUGGGAAUGGCCGACGUGGGGACAGUGUGUGACCCAGACCGUAGCUGUUCCAUUAUUGAGGAUGAUGGACUGCAGGCUGCCUUCACUGUCGCCCAUGAACUUGGUCAUGUGUUUAACAUGCCCCAUGAUGACGCUCAGCUGUGCUCUGGAGUGAAUGGGCCUCACUGGGGUUCUCACAUGAUGGCUUCCACUCUGUCUAACCUGGACCAGACAGAGCCAUGGUCCCCCUGCUCCGCCCUCAUGGUCACCUCCUUCCUGGACAAUGGACACGGGCAGUGCCUCCUGGACAAACCCCAGAAACCACAAACCCUUCCUCAGCAUCUACCAGGGACAGUAUAUGAUGCUGACCACCAAUGCAGGUUGACGUUUGGGGAUGACUCUCAGCACUGUCCUGACUUGAGCAGUACCUGUUCAGCUCUGUGGUGCACAGUGACCACGUCCAAUGGCAUCCUGGUGUGUCAGACCAAGAACUUCCCCUGGGCCGACGGCACGUCCUGCGGCCACGACAGCUUCUGUUUGUCUGGGCAGUGUGUGAGCAAGAGCCAGGCAGCUAAGCAACAGAUCCCUGUAAAUGGUGGCUGGGGCAUGUGGGGGCCGUGGGGUGACUGCUCUCGUACCUGUGGAGGGGGGGUGCAGUACUCCUUCAGGAGCUGUGACUCUCCUUUGCCCAAAAACGGAGGACAAUUCUGUGAAGGAAAGAGGGUCCAGUACCGCUCCUGCAACACCGAGACCUGCCCCGAGACUAACGGCCUGUCCUUCCGCGAGGAGCAGUGCUUGGUGCAUAACGACAUGUCUGCUCAGGUGUCUCUGGGCUCAGGUGAAGGGGUCGAGUGGGUCCCUAAAUACGCCGGAGUCUCCCCCAAAGACCGCUGCAAACUGGUGUGUCGCGCCAAAGGGACCGGGUACUUCUUCGUACUCAAGUCCAAGGUGGCGGACGGUACUCCCUGCAGCCCAGACUCCACCUCUGUGUGCGUUCAGGGACAGUGUGUAAAAGCCGGCUGUGAUCGCGUCAUCGGCUCUUCAAAACGAUUCGACAAAUGUGGUGUGUGUGGAGGAGACGGCUCUACCUGUAAGAAGGUCUCUGGAGCUCUGGAACGGGCCAGACCCGGGUACCAGGACGUAGUGACUAUACCAGCUGGUGCGACCCAUGUUGACAUCAAGCAGCGCUCUCCAGGCACAGACAGCAGUUACCUCGCUGUCAAAAAACAAGAUGGUUCCUACCUCCUGAAUGGCGAAUACAAACUCAUGACCGUGGAAUCCGACAUUGCUCUGAAAGGCGCGUUGCUAAGAUACAGUGGAUCAUCCGCCAUAUUAGAAAGACUGAGAAGCUUCGCCCCACUUCCCGAAGCUUUGACAAUUCAAGUUUUAUCUGUCGGGGAAUCGCCAAGACCUAGAGUAAAGUAUAGCUAUUUCGCACCGCGACCUAGCAACGUGGCUAAUGGCAAUACUAGCAACCGUAAACAAUCUAUAAAUGCGAUUCGGGAAGUUGGAGGAGCCGAGUGGACUUUGAGAGAGUGGGGGCCUUGUUCGAAAACAUGUGGAGGAGGUAGCCAACAAAGAGAAGUAGUUUGUUUAGAUGCACAAGGAAGGAAUUCCAAAGAUUGUCCCGAAGAACUGCGUCCAUUGGGAGUUAGAUUGUGUGCGUCUUCGCCCUGUCCAACAUGGCUGCUCGGAGAGUGGUCUUCCUGCUCCAAAACGUGUGGAAGAGGGUUCAGGAAGAGACAACUAAAAUGUAUUGGACACGAUGGACGUUCCAUGACCAGCGAUAGCUGUGAUUCAAAAAAUAGGCCAAGACCUCUGCUCGAAUUGUGCAACCAGGGACCAUGUUAAAUGUUAAAUGAAUCAGCUAUGGUGGCAUUAGAGAGACAAAUUAAAGAGCAAAGUGGGAAAUAUCUUGACAGUGGGAUAAAUUAGGACCUUUAGUAACGUUUAAAAACAAUAGGGUUAAUUAUUGGCUAAUCAGAAAGAAGAAUGUAAAAUGUAUUAGUUGUCACUUAGUCAUACACUUGAAGACAUUGGUAGAAAAAUGCUCAAAAUAUGAGUAUCUGGCAACUAAAUGUUCAAAUUUAAGAUGAGAAAUGUAUUUCUUUAAAAAAAAAAAAAAAAAUUCUACCUUUUAUAGACCAAAAGGAAUUUCUAAGUAUCAAAUGAAAUUACAAGUGGUUUAAAAUGUUCAACUUUCCAAAAUAAUACUUAUAAAACAGUUUCAAAUUUUUCUAUUAAAAUGUUUAAAUGCACUACUUUUUGGUGCUAGUAAACACAUUUAGCAUUUUGUAAUUUUUUCAUACAUUUUAGAGAUAUUUCAUACUUGUUCUUUAGGCCACCAUAGUCACCUCCUCCAAUCUUCAAAUGGACCUUUUACCAACUCUAGUCCACUGCCUCUUCUCAAAACUUAAAAGUGGAAAGUGUUUACAUCCAAGAAUUUUUCCAAGAUCUUUUUUCCUUUUUUUUUUUUAAACAACAUUUUGGUCUAAAGUGGCAUUGCAGCAUUAGUGACUGCCAGUAGCAUCGCAUCGGCACAUUUUGGAAAUUUA